GCGUUCCUCCUCCUCCAUAGUAACGUUGGCUCCGCUCAGCGUGGCAGCAGAGGCACCUGUAGCGGAUUAUUUCUGGAAAAUCUCGAUUUUACUUUUUUGUUUACAGCUUCAAAACACCCAAGAAAUGUUCAGGAGUAGCUUGAGGGAGUUUGAUGAGGAUCCGUUCUUCUCGGAUCCAUUCCGUGCUCACAGGGAUCAUAUGCGCCAGAUGAUGCGGAGCUUCUCCGAGCCAUUUGGCGGGCCCUUGAUGCCCAGUAUAACGGACGGAAGGAGCAGAGGUCGCGACAUGGCAGAACACCCAAGCUCAUCUGUCGCACUGAGAAACGAACACAGGGAGCAACCUACCCCAGAGGGCACGGAGGAUAUGAGCCGGUCAUUGUUGCCCUUCGGCGGCACCGACAGCUCGGACAUGAUGAGGAACCCUUUUGGCAUGUUCGACAGCAUGAUGGCUAGCGUGAGGAACAGGAUGGAGGAAAUGCACUCGAACUUUGAGAACAUGUCCACAGACUCCAACGCCCACUCGUUCAGCUCCUCCUCAGUUAUGACGUAUUCAAAAGUGGGGAACGAGCCUCCCAAGGUCUUCCAGGCGACCUCGUCCACACGCCGCGCUCCUGGAGGGAUCAUAGAGACCCAGCAAGCGGUGAAAGACUCUGAGAGUGGUCUGGAAAAGAUGAAAAUCGGUCACCACAUUCAGGACAGGGGACAUGUUGUUGAAAAGAAAAUCAACAAGAAAACUGGAGAGAGGGAGUUCAACCAAGACUUUCAGAAUUUGGAUGAAUCGGAAGCCCAGUCAUUUGAUGAUGAGUGGCAGCAGAAGGUGUCUACGUUCCAGCCGUCUGUCCCCAUGUCUCGCCUGAACGAACCUCAACCCCGUGCAGUUCGCCAGGCGGCCCUCACCGGUCCCGAGCAGCAGCCCCGCAGAGACCAACAAAGGAGCAAGUCUGCAGGUAGAGUCAGAAUUGAAGGAUCGGCAAAGAAGUGAAACAUCGUUCUGCUCAUUAAACAUUGCAAGGAUCAUGAAGUGUACACUGGUGCCUCCCACACACACACACACACACACGAAAGCUGUGAUGAGGAUUUGAAAAUAGUUUCUGCUCAUCUGCAUACACUUUACAUUGCUGUUGCCCGUUUUCUAAUGCAUGCUGCACGGUCUGAACAGGAGCACGCUGACACUGUUCAACAUACAGUUUCAAAACGCAAAGGAUGGUUAGACAAGUUAAGGGAGGCACAAAAACAAUAUUAGGAAGUUAUGCUGUACACCCAAGUGGCAUUGAUUUAAGAUUGUUGAAAUUUUCCUUUGGUGAAUGGUUUGCAGUAAUGUAAAAUUUAUCAUUUGUACAGAACAUGUUGAAUGUUGAUAGAAUCUGCUACCUUAUUCUAAAUCGUAUUCUUUCACACUACCCAAGAAAAGAUUUAUUAAUAUAUACAGAGAGAGAUAGUGAUAUUAGAACUAAAAAUCACAUUGACAUACUAGUAGUAGUAGUAGUAUCAUUAGCACCUGAUGGUAGUAGUAGUAGUAGGGGUAGUAAUAUGGAGGAAGAUGUGUGAUAUGCAGAUUUAAUGUGUGAAAUCCACUAAUGCACUUAGAUAUAAAUAAUACAUCUUCUGUUUGUAAUUGUAUAUUGUAUCUGCUGUAAUCAUUGUAAAAAGAAAAACUAUUUCCCUUCCCUUUUUAUAUUGUUACUUUGGAUUCUCUUGUUCUUCAUCCGGUGAACGCUGCACAGCACAAACUCAGCCUAUGGAUUGUUCUCUGUGAUUUGAGUUUUAUUCGUGUACAUUUUUACAAGCUUUAAAAGAAAGACUCGUGUCAACAUGUGUGAUUGUAUGAAAAUAAAAAUGUGAAGAUUAA